CCCCAAGUUCCUCCUCCUUAUAAUUAAUGCUGGGAGCCUCGGUGGCCACAGCCGUAUUGCAGCCAUGGUGAGCCGGGCGAUGGUCACUGCCGGGUGGCUCUCCGGAGCUCUGAAAACCAAAAAGGCUCCAUCACUGCGAGUUCUGGACUCCACGUGGUACGCGCCGGGCGGGAGGGACGCCAGGAAGGAGUUCACGGAGAAGCACAUCCCGGGCGCUGCGUUCUUCGACAUGGAGCAAUGCAAGGACGAGGCGUCGCCCUACGAGAUGAUGCUGCCCAGCCGGACGCGGUUCGCCGAUUACGCCGGCAGCCUCGGCAUCAACAACCAGAGCCACGUGGUGAUCUACGACUGCGAUAACAUGGGCAUGCUGUACGCCCCCCGGCUGUGGUGGAUGUUCCGCGUCUUCGGACACAGCAACGUGUCGGUGCUGGAUGGCGGAUUGGUGAACUGGGAGAAGCGCAAUCUGCCGGUGACAUCGGAAAUCGCGGCGGUGAAGCCGGAGAAGUUCGACGCCACCCUGGACCGUUCUCUGCUGAAGACCUUCGAAGACGUUCAGGAGAACCUGAGCAGCAAAAGAUUCCAGCUGGUGGACGCCCGAGGGGCGGCAAGGUUCCGGGGCCCAGAGCCCAAACCAGGAGAAGGGAUUGAACCCGGACACAUCCCCGGCUCGCUGAAUCUCCCCUUCGCCGGCUUCCUGACACCGGACGGGUUCCAGAAGCCGUCGCACGAGAUCCGUCGCCUGUUCGAGGAGAAGGAAGUGGACCUGAGGAAGCCGCUGGCGGCCACGUGUCGGCGAGGGGUGACCGCCAGUCACCUGGCGUUGGCCGCCUUCGUCCUGGGGAAGGAAGACGCGGCCGUCUACGACGGAUCAUGGUCCGAGUGGUUCCACCGCGCCAAACCCGAGCACAAAGUGUUCGAGGGGAGGAGCCAAGCCUGAAAGACAAUAUGGCGGCUGACGCGGGAGGUGGGAGGGGCCAUUUACCCAGCAGGGGUCAUGUGACAUUUUCUGGGAUUGUAAAUAUUUACUGAACUUUUUUAUGGUGAAAUAAAACAAACAAAAAACGCAACCAAAGAAAUGACGAGAGAUUGACGUGUCAUGUGACCAAUAAUAAAAUAUAGAGCUUUA